GUGAGACAUGAAGCGGACGCGUCCGACGUGGGUUACACAGCAGUCUGCGUUGCGCGACCGUUCGGCACUGUGCGCAACCCGUUAACCGACGCUGUCUGGAUCUGCUAUCCGUCCAUGCGAAGUGUAGCGGCGGCGUUGAUUCCGUGUGUCAUCGCGGUACUCGCGCAUUGGUGCGGUUGGACGGACAGAACUGCGUUGCUGUUGGGUUUCGGUUCUGCAGACAAGCAGAAGUCUGUGAAUGAAGUGUUGGUGGGAGUUUUAUCUGCUCGACAUCAUCAUGACCUCAGACAGGCCAUAAGAGACACAUGGCUGGGGUACCUCAAAAACCACCCUCAGUUCCAGACACGGGUGAUGGUGAAAUUCAUCAUUGGCAAGCAUGGCUGCUCUAUACCGGAGGAAGAUCGCGAGGACACGUAUUCUUGCACGCUACUGAACCUCACCGAGACAGUCGCUGGACAGGAAAUGGCCAUAUUGAGCGUGCCCGAUACCACUCUGCUGGUGCGGUCUGAUGUCUCUGUGGUCAGUCUGGACUUUAAAGUCCUUCACUCUGUGGUCAUCACACAGCUGGCCGUCUUCCCCAACGGCCCACGACAGGACUUCAUGGGCAACGUCACUGUUCGGCUGUUCCAGGUGGAUCAGGAGGAAGCAGUGGUGACGGCUCGCUUCAGCACGCUCAAUCCAGGCACUCGUGUGGGUGGGAUGUUCUAUAAGCCCGUAGAGCAGUUCAUUCUACCCAAGGGUUUUGAGGGAACUCUACUCUGGGAGAGUCAGGAUUCAGCUGGCGUGAUGUCUGUCAACGCAUCUACAGUCCAUCUCAAUAAUGGUGGAGGAGUUCUCAGGUUUGGAUCUAUAGAGGAGGGAACGUUGCCACACAGAAGUGCUCUGGGAUUCCCGGGGUUAGCUGGAGGAUUCACUUUUGCAGUUUACGAUGCGGAGGCGUUGUCUGAGCUGUUACGUGGGCGAGCCGAAAGGCAGCGGAGUCACACUGCCCGGUUAAGAGAGGAGGACUUGUCCCUGCGUGAGGAGAGUCUCAGACACGGGGACAUGGUGUUUGUGGGCGUCGUGGACACAUACAGAAACGUGCCUUUAAAACUGCUGCAGUUUUACAAAUGGUCUGUAGAAAACGCUGACUUCAGCCUGUUGCUCAAGACUGAUGAUGAUUGCUAUAUCGAUGUUGAUGCCGUCCUGCUGAAGACUGACCGCAAACGACUAACACACAGCAAACUCUGGUGGGGAAAUUUCAGGCAGAAUUGGGCGGUCGACCGUGUCGGUAAGUGGCAGGAACUGGAGUAUGCGAGUCCUGCCUACCCGGCCUUCGCCUGUGGGUCUGGAUAUGGGGUCUCCAGGGAUCUGGUGAAGUGGCUGGCCAGUAACGCGGAGUAUCUGAAGGCUUACCAGGGAGAGGAUGUAAGCAUGGGCAUUUGGAUGGCUGCCGUGGGGCCUCGCAAAUAUCAGGAUUCAGGAUGGCUGUGUGAGAAGGAGUGUUACGUGGACAUGUUGUCAUCACCGCAGCACUCGGCACAAGAGUUGCGCUCUCUCUGGGACAGGAAGAGGAAAUGUGGCAACCCCUGUGGCUGUGCUUGGGGUGAACACUGACAUGCAUGUUUCACUGUAAACACGAGUGUACGGUUAGAUGCGUGAAUGACAAUGAGAUUUUAUUUGGUGAAAUCCUUUCAGAUUAUAACAUGUCAGGGAGGCUCAACGGUUUCCCCACAAAUGAACAUGCGGCCAUCAACACGAGACACUAGUAAUGUUUACUUAUCCUUUAUAAGCCUAGUCUCUUAUUGGUCUAAUCUAUCCACACUCUGACAUCUUAUGGUGAAUCUGUAAAGCCAAACAAACACAAGGUUUUUGACAGAGCAGCAUUACUUUACUUUUUGCUGUUAUGUUUCUUUCUGUCAUCAAAUGCUCACUAAAUGUGAUUUGUGUUCACCAUCACUCAAGCACAUGAACCUUUUCACUGCUUUCAACUUAGCUAGAGGUUGCCAAAAUUGUUACACUAAAACUUUUAUCUACGAACAAUAAAAACGUAAC